AUGAAGCCGUUGACUGUGGUAAUAAAGCUCGGAACAAGUUCGAUUGUAGACGAGAACACCCAUGAGCCCAUUCUCUCCAUACUGACGUUGAUCGUCGAAACUGCCGCGAAAUUACACAAAGAUGGCCAUCGGGUUAUUAUCGUCUCGUCUGGCGCAGUGGGCGUGGGGCUCCGGAAAAUGGAUGUCGACCAAAGGCCAAAACAUCUCCCCCGCAUCCAGGCUUUGGCUGCCAUAGGGCAAUGCCAACUUAUGAGUCUAUGGGAUAGCUUGUUCUCGCACUUACGUCAACCCAUUGCUCAAAUACUGUUGACGCGAAAUGACAUUGCCGACAGAACCCAAUAUAUCAAUGCCCAGAAUACAUUUGCCGAACUACUAUCGAUGGGCGUCAUCCCAAUUGUGAAUGAGAACGACACCCUCGCUGUUUCGGAAAUCAAAUUUGGUGAUAAUGAUACCCUUUCUGCCAUUACUGCGGCGAUGGUCCAAGCUGAUUACCUAUUCCUUAUGACGGAUGUUGAUGGAUUAUAUACGUGCAACCCCCGGAACAACCCUGAUGCCCAAGUCAUUGAAGUUGUAGAGGAUAUUUCGGCGCUCGAGGCUGAUGUUUCGACGACUGGUUCAUCCUUAGGUACUGGUGGAAUGAGUACAAAAAUCGUCGCAGCCAGAUUAGCUACAAGUGCGGGAAUAACCACUAUUAUUACCCGUAGUUCUCUGCCUGGGAAUAUUUCAAAAAUAAUCAAUCAUCUUGAGGACCCUCAAAAUGACCCAGCUCAUCUGGGAAAAGACGCCGCAACCCGGACAACCGCACCUUUGCAUACCCGAUUCCUCCCAUCGCUCGCCCCAAUGCAUUCUAGAUCCUUUUGGGUUCUUCACGGCCUCACGCCUCAUGGAACCUUGUACAUUGACCACGGUGCUUACUGCGCCAUCCUAAACAAGGCUAGCCUUCUUCCUGCUGGCGUGGUCGCCGUCGAGGGUCAUUUUUCCCAGCAAGAAGCAGUACGUGUGGUUGUCGUUGAGCGGCGCUCGGCUUCAGCCCUUAACGGAGAUUUCCCUCAUCACGGCGAAGAACCAAAAGAAGUUGGGCGAGCCCUCGUCAAUUAUGCCAGCGCUGAAAUUGCCCUUAUCAAAGGUUUACGAAGUACUCAGAUUCAUUCCGUUCUAGGAUAUGCGGAUAGUGAAUACAUUGCCUUACGUGAAAAUAUUUCUUUUUUUCAUAUGUCGGGUCGACCAAGUAGGCCAGGCACACCGGGACUAGACGAAUUAAGGGUUCGAAGCGGUACCCAAUCUCCAGCCAUCGAGCGCGUGCUCGCCUCCUAA